AUGGUGCUCCAUCGUCGUAUUCGAGACGAGGAUGACGAUGAAGACGAAGACUUGUCAAAUGUCAAUACUGGCGAUAACAUUAAUACUAAAAAUAACCUUUCAAAUGCUACUAAUGACAAAAACAUCAACAACAAAAAGAUAGACAAGAGUGACAGGACGCAUGCAAAAAAAAAUUAUAAUGAUAUUAAUGGCCUAAAUAAUGACAUUGCUCCACUUCCGCCUCGUAAAACAUAUGAUUUAGCAUCUCCAACAAAGAUAUCUUCUAUCAUAUCGGCUUCUUCAAGAAUCACAACGAUUGGCGAUAGGAAUCCUGGUGCAGCAACAAAAAGUAAAGUUAUCGUCGCGAAUAAACGAAGGACUGCACCGAAAAUAGAUGAUACUGAAAGAACUUUGAAUUUGCAUAAAUUUUUACUUGAGAAUGGAGUCUUAUUGAAUUUUGGAGAUGACGAUACUGAAAAUCUACAGAAUCUUGUAGAAAAGUUCUAUAAACCCGCAUUCAGCAACCACUAUCCAGACGUGACUUAUCGUGACGCGAUAAUACGUGUUGAAGAUGUUUGCCAUAAGAGACACAUGCACGAUAGACUUACCAUCAUACAAGAAGAAUGGAUGAAGGUCAAUUUUAGUGAUAAAGAAGAUAACGAUGACAAUGAUAAAUCUGAAAAGAAUUAUGACGACGACGACGAUGGUGAGAAGGAAGAAAAUGAUGGCAGACAUUCUCCUCUUUCACAAUUAAAUGAACAACACAAUCAAAGUGAUGCCGAAAAUAGCAUUACUAAUUAUAAUAGUAACAGCACCACUUCUAAAGACGAAGAAGAUUUCCUGCGCUCAGUUGAAGAGGACCAAAGGAUGAUGCUCGUAGAAAUCGAGGAAAAUUUAAUGGCAAUGGAUCAAUCAUGA